GCAACCACAAGACCCAGUCAGAGGGACAGGAUGGAGGGGCCAGUGUUAACGCUGGGGCUGCUGAUUGUACUGGUUGUGUGUGGCAGCUGGGGCCUGAAUGAGGAGGAGCGGCUUAUUCGGUACCUGUUUGAAGAGAAAGGCUACAACAAGGAGCUCCGGCCUGUGGCACACCAAAGGGAGAGUGUGGACGUGUCGCUGGCCCUCACGCUCUCCAACCUCAUCUCCCUGAAAGAAGUUGAGGAGACCCUCACCACUAACGUGUGGAUUGAGCACGGCUGGACAGACAGCCGGCUGCAGUGGAAUGCUGAAGAAUUUGGAAAUAUCAGCAUCCUGCGCCUGCCCUCUGACAUGCUGUGGCUCCCAGAGAUUGUGCUGGAGAACAACAAUGACGGCUCCUUCCAGAUUUCCUACUCCUGCAACGUGCUCAUCUACCCCUCGGGCUAUGUGUACUGGCUGCCGCCUGCCAUCUUCCGCUCUUCCUGCCCUAUCUCCGUCACCUACUUCCCCUUCGACUGGCAGAACUGCUCCCUCAAGUUCAGUUCCCUCAAGUACACAGCCAAGGAGAUCACCCUGAGUCUGAAGCAGGAGGAAGAAGAGGGCCGCUUCUAUCCCGUGGAAUGGAUCAUCAUCGACCCUGAGGGCUUCACAGAGAACGGGGAAUGGGAGAUAGUGCACCGGCCAGCCAGGAUCAACGUGGACCCCAGCGUCCCACUGGACACUCCUGGCCACCAGGACGUCACCUUCUACCUCAUCAUCCGCCGCAAGCCGCUCUUCUACGUCAUCAACAUCCUGGUGCCCUGCGUGCUCAUCUCCUUCAUGAUCAACCUGGUCUUCUACCUGCCGGCUGACUGUGGCGAGAAGACGUCAAUGGCCAUCUCAGUGCUCCUGGCUCAGUCCGUCUUCCUGCUGCUCAUCUCCAAGCGGCUGCCCGCCACGUCCAUGGCCAUCCCCCUCAUCGGCAAGUUCCUGCUCUUCGGCAUGGUGCUGGUGACCAUGGUCGUGGUGAUCUGUGUCAUCGUACUCAACAUCCACUUUCGCACACCCAGCACCCACGUGCUGUCCGAGGGGGUCAAGAAGCUCUUCCUGGAGACCCUGCCCGAACUCCUACACAUGUCCCGCCCAGCCGAGGAUGGGCCCAGCCCAGGGGCUCUCGUCCGGAGGAGCAGCUCCCUGGGCUACAUUUCUAAGGCCGAGGAGUACUUCUUGCUCAAGUCCCGAAGUGACCUCAUGUUUGAGAAGCAGUCUGAGCGGCAUGGGCUGGCCCGGCGCCUCACCACUUCACGCCCGCCCCCAGCAGGCUCUGAGCAAGCCCAGCAGGAGCUCUUCAGUGAGCUGAAGCCAGCCGUGGAUGGGGCCAACUUCAUCGUCGGCCACAUGAGGGACCAGAACAAUUACAACGAGGAGAAGGACUGCUGGAACCGAGUGGCCCGCACAGUGGACCGACUCUGCCUGUUUGUGGUGACACCCAUCAUGGUUGUGGGCACGGCCUGGAUCUUCCUUCAGGGCGCCUACAACCAGCCUCCACCUCAGCCCUUCCCCGGGGACCCCUUCUCCUACCACGAGCAGGACAAGCGCUUCAUCUAGAACAGGUCUGCCCUGUCCUGCUGGCCCAGCUCCCAGGCAGCAUCGGGUGGAGCCUUUGACCUUACAGGGAUGAGCCAGGUGGGGGGUGGGGGGGCAGGGUGGACAGGGAUGUCUGAGAGAGGACAAGGCCCUCCUGGGGAGACCAACUUCUGGCCCUGAGGCUUGAGUCCAGCUGGUCCUGCAAGGCUGGGGCAGGAUUCCUGCGAUUAAGGAAGGGGGAAGCCCCGCUCCUCACCCGCAGGUCCUCUGCAGCUAAAGACAGGAGCCACCAAGGAGGUCUGAGAGUGGACAUCGGCUGGGGUUGCAGAGCAGGACAAUUUGGGGAGGAAAGGGGGCUGGCUCAGAGGCCAGGAAGGAUGCCACUCAGGCUGGGACCCCUUUGUGAGGAGUCAGAAAGGCAGAGGCCUCUUCUAGCCUCCUCUCCCCUAGGUGGGGGUAGAGCGGGUGGGAUCCUGUGCCCCCACUUUCCUGUUCCUCCAGCCACCCUCCUCUCAACAACCCCUCAGCCUUGGGCUUCUGAGGCCCCACCUGGGGUUGAAGUGGGGAAACCUCCCUCUUAAGGAAAGAGGCUUUCAGCAGGGGUGGGAGCACCAGGGUUGCAAAAUGGCCUUCCCCAGCACUUUCUGCCUUGGUGACUCUGUCUGGGUCCCUCGGGGAAGCCAUGACCUUCCUGGGGUGGAAGGGCCAGGCUCAACACCCACAAAGGCCAAAGGUGAGCUUCUCAAUCUCAGGUCACGUGAGCAAUCCUAGAGCCCCAGAACUCAGCCCUCCCCCAAGGAGUGUCCCCUCUUGGGCAACUAUUCUCCUCCCCAAAGUAGGGUUCCCAUACAAUAUUUGGGACAUACUUUUACUAACAAAUUAUUCAUUGUUUAUCUGAAAUUCAAACUUAACUGGGCAUCCUGUUUUGUUUUGUUUUGGGGGGGCGGGGCAGAGAAAAAUCUUAAGCAAUCUCCACACCCAGCACAGAGCCCAAUGGGGGCUCAAUCUCACAACCCUGAGAUCAUGACCUGAGCUGAAAUGAAGAUGCUCAACCGACUGAGCCACCCAGGUACCCCAGCAUCCUGUAUUUUUAUUUGCUAAAUUUGACAACUGUACCCCAAAGGGAGCCCCCAACAAUUCUAUCUGAAGGGCCAAAGGCAGAGGCCACAGAUGUUGGGAGACAUGGUAGCCUACCUCCAAGCUGGCCCCAGCAAUCCCCACCUCCUGGUAUUCACACCCUGUGUAGCCCACUCCCACACCGCACCAGGUUUGGUCUGUGGGUGACCGACAAUUUUAGAAUGAGGCAAAAGUGACAGUGUGUCGCUUUUGAGAUUAGGCUCUAUAAGACAUUGCAGCACCUCCCUGGAUCCCACUCCAUCGCUCUUGCUUUCAGCUGGAUCUCUCACUUUGGGGAAGCCAGCUGUCAUGGGGAGCAGUCCUGUGGAGAGGCCCACCUGGCAAGGACCGGAAGCCCUCUGCCUGCAGCCCCAUGAGUGAGCUUGGAAGCAGAUCCUGUCCGGUGGGGCCUUCAGAUGAGAUCAUGACCCUGGUCAACAUCUUGGGUGCAGCCCCAUGAGUUCUUGAGCCAGAGCCACCCAGCUAAGCUGCCCCUGGAUUCCUGACCCUCAGAAACUGCAUGGGAUAGCAUAUGUUUGUUGCUUUAAGAGACAAAGUUGUGGAGUGCUUUGUUACACCAGAGGGUGAUCUGGGGUGAACCAUUGUCAUCUCUUAGGUUCUGUUUUCUCAUCAACCAAAUGUGUAAGUCCCGUUUGUGAGGUGUUGUGAAAAUCGAAUGUGCUAGUUGGCAUGAAGGUCUUUACACAUAUCCUGCAAUUUUUAAAAUUUAUUUAAAUUCAAUUAAUUAACAUAUAAUGUAUUAUUUGUUUCA